GAGUCGGGAGGGCGACUGUCGGGAGGGCGACUGGGAGGGGAGCUUAUUCCAGCUUUACGAACAAUCUAAUGGCGAACGGCGGCGUGGUGUACAACAUCUUGUUCGUUCAUUGCACGAGGCCUCAUCUUACGAUGGGCAAUUUGGUUUAAUUUGUGUGUUGGUCUUACACCCUCUCUUCCCCAAUUCCCACACAUAGACCCGCAAACUGACACACUGAAAGACUCACACACACACACACAAAGAGAGAGAGAGAGAGAGAGAGAGAGAGAGAGAGAGAGAGAGAGAGAGAGAGAGAGAGAGAGAGAGAGAGAGAGAGAGAGAGAGAGAAGAUGGAUUUUGGCCCGGUUGCCUCGACGGAGGCUUUCUUGUCAAGCCUUGAAGCAGAGGGAAUGGAGGGCAUGGCGAGUGCGGGUCGUGUGGCGAAUGAGCAGCACGUCUCAACGGUACAGGGGUACGAACAGCAGAGUGGGGAAGGUGGGUUGUACGGUCACGGAGUCGGGCAACAACAAGGAUAUGAUCAUCAGGGAGGAGGGCAGAGUUAUGGCCACUCUGACGGACGUGCUUUUGAGCAGCAAAGUCUCCACCAUGAUUAUGGUCAAGGCAACCAGUUUGAGCCAGGCGGAAUUAGUGGGGGUGGUAGCGGGCAUGAGCAGCAGGUGGGUGAGACAGGGGGCUUGGCGAGGUUCGAACAAGGGGGCGCUCUCGCUCAUGGGGCUACGGCGCACGAGUACGGGCACCCUGGCCAUCAGGGGAGCAGCAUAGUUCAAGGCCUCAUGGAACAACGGACGACUACGGGGUACGAGCAAGCGCCGGCAUCAACGGCGCAGGACUUCGAUCAAAACAGUGCUCAAGCAGUGUACGACGUGGCGAGAGAGGUACAUGUAGCGCCGCGAUUCGAUCCGUCGGCCAUCCACGUCGCCGGGUACGAUCAAGUGAAUGGAGGGGAGAGCAAACCGGCGGGUCAGGGUUUCGACGGGACGACGGCAUUGGAGCAGAAAGGGUCUUAUGUCGAGCAAGGCAGCGGGGGUAUAAGGGGCGCUCGGGGCUUCGAGCAUAUGGUUGCGGAGCAAGGAUUAGGGGGCGGGUUCCAACCUGGGGGUGGUGAAGUUAUAGCACAUAUGGUUGCGGAUCAAGGACAGGGCGGCGGGUUUCAACCUGGGGGUGGUGAAGUUAUAGCACAUAGGGGUUUCGAGCAAAGCAGUGUUGUACAUCGUUAUGAUGGAGCGGACGCCACUGCUGCUGAUGGGUACGUGGGACAACAAACCGCGGGUCUGGUGGUCGCGUCGAGUUUCGAACAGACCUCCACGAUUUUGUAUGAGCAACGGGUGUCGGGGACUCUUCAGGAUUUCGACAAGUGUGCUGUCCAGGGGUACUCUCAGAGUGGAUUGGAGUUGUCCACAGCCCAGAAGCUGCAGCCAGCCACGACGAGUUCGAUUCACAGUUACGACCAAAAAGGGGCCUCUGCUGCGGGUGUGAUUAGGGAUUUCGACCUGAUGACGACAUCACAAGGAGUUGAAGGGAGGGGCAUUAUGCCGGGGUACGAACAAGGCACUCCCACGACUGCACCGCUCAGUGUGUCUGCUGAGCAAGGCGGGAUUAUUGUCCCACCAAGACCGGGGGGAUUCGAUCAACGAGCGUCCGGGAUGCAGCAGGGAUAUGAGCUGUCGCAGGGCACAGCGGCGGCGCAGGGGCAGGGGUUGAGUUUCGAGCAGCAGCUCAGCUACCCGCCAGACGGAACGGGGGCUGGCGGUAGCACGAUAGUUGUCAACAAUGUGAGCGUGGAGCGGUUUGCUCAGCAACGCGUUGAAGGUUCGGAAGCCUAUGAGGGUAGGGAGGGGGGAGGCGCAGGUGCAAAGGUGUUCGAGCAGAGGGCUGCAGCCUCUGCCCAAGAGCGCGAGCAGCUGAACGGAUUGUCGGCCGGCCUGGCUAUAGAGCGCGAGAAGCAGGGUGUUGCCCAGGGAUAUCCGCAAGUUUGUGCGGGAAUGACGGCGGAACCGUUGGGAGCGUUUGGUCAGCAAGGGGGUCAGCAGCAGGUAUUCGAUCCGGCCGAGCAGGUGGCGAUGGUGGCCCCAGCAGCAGCAGCCGCAGCAGGGGGGGGGUUCGAGCAGGGAGCAGGGGUGAGCGGAAGAGAGUACGACCGCGGGCAAGGAUUUGUAACUCAGGUUUUUGAACGGACACCCGCGGAGGGGUUGUGCCAAGGGGCAAUGCUGGAGCAACAGCAGGAUGUUGUCCAACAGGGCCAACUGCAGCACGUGGAAGGGGAGAACCAGCAACAGAGUUGUGAGAAAAGAGGAGGUGUGCAGGAAUUCGGGCAGCAGGGAGGCGCAGUGGGCGAGGGACAGGUUCAAGCAGCUGCUGCGGCACAGAAUUACACGAAUAUGGACGUGAAAAUGGAACAUGAGGACACGAAAAAUGGCGAGGGUUGGGGGCGACGGAGCAACAACAGUAGGUUUGAGGCCGAGCCGCAGUAUGGAGAUGGAAAGUAUGGGGAGGGGGAGGGGGAGAGUGGGCAGGAUAAGCAGGGCAAAGAGGAGGAAAGGAACGAGGAAGAAAUAGGUCCAUCUCCUCCCAGUGACUGGCAAAUGGGUGCUGCCGACCAUAACGGUCCGCAUCCUCCGCUGCCGCCAGAGGGAAGCAACGACUCAGAGAAUGAAGGUCAGCAACACGAGUUGCUGCGACAGCAAGACGAACACGAAUGGUGGCGUUAUCACCAACAACGGGAUCAGCGGGGUCAAGAUCAGGAGGGAGAGGAGGGUCAUGCCGAGGCGGGUGUGUUGUUCGGCAGAACCACGAGUGCUCAUUCAGACCAAAGGGGCAUGGAGGAUGGAAACAACGGUGCCGCGAGGUCGGAGCCGGAGUCCUCUGGCGGCGGGAAUCAGUCAUCAACAGGGGGCGGCGCGGCCCAGUCUACGGGCGGUGGUGGCGUGGGAGAGGGAGUGUCGGGAGGUGGCGGAGGAAGUAUGGGGGAGACAACCAGCGGGAAGAAGAGGCGCAGUCGCUGGGGACCACAGUCGGAGGAAAGCAACGAGCGAAAUGGCGGGAGCGGUGGGGCGGGGGGUGGAGGAGAGGGACAAGACAAUGGAGAAGGAACGGGAGGGAAAAAGCGGAAGAGUCGGUGGGCAGAAGACCCUAGCAAGUCGGCGGUCGUCUCCGUUGCGCCGUUAAUAGGUCAGGUGCAGCUGCCUAAUUUCGUGAAGGAGCUAAUGGGAGGAAUGGACAUGAAUCCAGAGACGCAAGCGCUCAAUCUGAGGCUUCAUGACAUCAACAGGAAGCUGCAAACCGGGCAGGUAUUGGAGGACAAGCCGCCAGAGCAACGGUCGCCUUCGCCGGAACCGAUAUACGACAACAUGGGUAUAAGGAUCAACACGAGAGAGUACCGGGCGAGGGAGAAGAUGAUGAAGGAAAGGCAAGACGUGAUUGCGGAGUUGAUAAAGAAGAACCCGAAUUUCAAACCGCCAGCAGAUUACAAGCCGGGGAAGAAAUCGAAGAAGCUGUUUAUUCCGUUGAAAGAAUAUCCGGGGUACAAUUUCAUCGGGCUGAUCAUCGGUCCACGUGGCAACACUCAGAAGCGAAUGGAGAAAGAGACGGGCGCGAAGAUUGCCAUUCGCGGGAAGGGCUCUGUGAAGGAAGGAAGGUCGCAACAGGGGAGGAGGGAUCAGAAGCCCGACCCAGCGGAGAACGAGGACUUGCAUGUGUUGAUUCAGGCGGACACGGAGGACCAGCUGGAGCGAGCGGCGGCAAUGAUCGAGAAACUUCUUGUGCCCGUCGAAGAGGGGAAAAACGAGCACAAACGCACGCAGCUGCGCGAGCUGGCCUUGCUGAAUGGAACUCUGCGUGAUGAUGAGUACUGUCGAUUAUGUGGGGAGCCCGGUCAUCGGCAAUACACGUGUCCGUCCCGGCAUACGACGUUCAAGGCGGAUUUGACUUGCAGGAUUUGCGGGGAUGGCGGGCAUCCGACGAUCGACUGCCCAAUGAAGGGGACGGCACAAGCGAACAAGAUGGACGCGGAAUACAAGUCUUUCCUAGCGGAGCUUGGGGGCGGCAACCCCGGGGAUGGCGGAGAUGGUGGGGAAGGCAGCGGAGGCGGGGAAGUGGGGGGAAUGCGCAGACAGGUGACUCCCCCUGCUCUCAUGGGACCUUCGCAGGGCAUGAUGAUGAACGACCUGCAUGACGGCGGUUUAGGCGGGGGAGGCCCCGCACCCUGGAAUGGAAACGGCGGAGCGAUGGGCGGGCAUGUCGGAGGGGAAGGAGGGAGAGGAGGCGGGGAUAGAGGCGAAAGAGGCGGACUAGACAGGGGUGGUGACAGAGGCGGAGGCGGCGGGGGCGGCGGGGGCGGCGGACAAAUGCACAUGCCGUUUGGAGGGCCGCAAGGUUCAGGAGGAGGAUCUCAUCAACACGGAGGUCUGGGCGCCACUUCGAGAAGUAAGGAGGCCGACGACUCCAACCUCUACGUUGGGUAUCUGCCGAGCAUGGUGGACGACGAGGGCUUGCUGCUGCUCUUCUCCCAGUUCGGUAGAGUUGAGGACGCCAAGGUGAUUAGAGACCGGAACACGGGGCAGAGUAAGGGGUACGGAUUUGUGAAGUACUCUGAUGCAGCAUCGGCAACGCAGGCAGUGGCGGCAAUGAAUGGAUUCCGUGUAGACGGGAAGUUCUUGGCUGUCAGAGUGGCGGGAAGACCGCCUCCUGGAUCAGGAGGAGGAGGUGGGGGAAUGGGAGGAGGAAUGGGUGGUCCGGGGAUGGGUCCUGGAGGUCCGGGGUUGGGGAACCAAGGAAUGGGACCAGGAGGUUCCCAGCCCAUGAUGUUUUCGCACGGUGACAACGGCACCAUGGCUGGUCCGGGUCAGCAGCAACCGCCAACAUCCGCAGCGGGUCCCCCGCCGCCGAUGGUGGGUGGUCACAUGCCUCCAUGGGGGGUGCAACCUCCGCCGGGUGGCAUGCCGGGAACACCCCUUCCGCCGCAGGGGGGGGGGGGCAUGGGCGUGCCGCCUCCUUUCGGCGGUCCUUUCGGUCCACCCAUGCCACCGCCAUUCGGGGGGGGCAUGCCUCCGCCACCUCAGCCGCCCCCUUUUGGAGGCAUGUUCGGAGCGGGUGCUUUCCCCCCUCCACCAAUGCCACAGAACAGUGUGCCUGGCGGAACUGGAGGUCCUCCUGCUGGAAUAUCCAGCGCACCGAUGGGAGCUCCGCCACAUAGUGGCGCGAUGGGACCGCCGCCGAUAACGAUGUCUGGACCACCGAUGUCCGGACCGACGCCGCUUUCUGGACAACCCCCCGCAACCGGGCCACCUCCCCCGUCUGGACCACCCCCAGCGGGACCGCCACCAUCGGCGCCACCGUCAGCUGGACCUCCACCACCAUCGGGACCAGGACCUCUUCCUUCCGGCCUGGCUAUGCCGGGUGCAGGUCCGGCCACGUCAGGUGUGAUGAUGGGGUCCUUUGCGCCUCCUCCUCCCCCGCCGUUCGGCGGAUUCUAUAACGGUCCGCUUCCUGUGCAAGGAGGCCCCGCGGGACCAGGAUCUUCGGCAGGUGGAACACAGGCCCUGCCUCCUCUUCCCACUAGUCAGGGCCCCCCUCCACCUUGGGCUGAGCCGAGGGCGGUGGUCAGCGCCGGCGUAGCGGGAGGAAGCCUUCCAGCGAGUAGUCCUGUGGAAUCUGAGUACGAAAGGUUUAUGAAGGAGAUGGGCAGAUGACAGACUGGGGGCUAAUCAAUCGGAAGAGAGGUGGAAGGAAGGGCAUGCGGAAGCGCAUGACAGAAGGCUAGGCUAGGUGAACCGUUAGGUUGGUGACAGGCACAGGAAGAGGAGGAGAAGGAUAGGGAAGGGAAGCGCGGAGGACUGUCGUGCAGGCCCUUCCGCUGUGUUUUAUUUCUCGAGCAAUAAAUAUAGGGAAGCGAUUAACGAAAUAGCAAAUGAGCAGGCAAAUACGGUUGUGCGUCCUCUUUCUCUCUCCUGCCGUGUCUCUGUCUGUCUGCAUUGCAAGUGCGAGUGAGUACGUUUAUCCCUUCUAACGCACUCAGAGAAGUCCGGCUUUUCUCGCUGUGUGAAACGCCAAAUGCGAUUUUGAAAAGGGGCGGGUGGCGUCACACAGCACACAACUUGUUUGCUGGACAUGAUGACGUGGCAGACACGGGUCAGCAUCGUGCUCGGCUUGCCUGCACAAGCAGAGGCGUUCGUUGCUGUGUGGAGAAGGUACCCUCAUCAACACACUCACACCCGCACGUCCAUGCACACAGACAAAGAGAGAGAGAGAGAGAGAGAGAGAGAGAGAGAGAGAGAGAGAGAGAGAGAGAGUCUAUAGUGUACUGGGACAAUAUGAAAGGACAAAGUAAGGAUAGGUAGCGGAACGACCUCAGUGGGAAGAAGCUGGACUGCCUGCCAGAUUGCCUUCUGGUGUGGAUGAUGCCAUCGACCAGCGUACGCUUGAUCGGCUGUGCAAGCCGUGAGCUGUGGAAGUUCCUUUUCGACAAUGCAAUCAGAAGAUUCUGCGGUUCGUCAUCUCGCUGGAGCGUCAAAACUUCCGAGGUACCGGAACAACGAGGGGCGAGGAACUGAGUGGCUGGCUGUGCACAACGAGGGCCGGGGAACUGAGUGGCUAGCUGUGCCGACGCGCACUGUAUUGGGUAAUGAUGAUUGCAUGUGUGGGUGCUUGGACCGGCUAUGAUAAGCCGGGGGAAUGUCAUCGUCAGCAAUGUCUGAAAUUAUGGGUGGGCCUCGGAAAAGAAGAUCGCAUGGCUGGCUGUGUGCCUGGACCGGCGGUGAUGACCAGAGAGGGAGAGAUCAUCAGCUAUACCUGAAAUGGUGGGCGACCAUUGGGAGAAGAAUUAGCUGCGAACCGGGAUGUCAGGGCAUUAUUGGAGGGGCAGAGGUCCUCGGCAUGCUGGCUGACUGGCUGGUUUGUCCAUGGAAUAGGCGGCGAUCGGUGACUAGCUGGCUGGUUAGGGCAGUCUGUGGUUUUCCAGGCCUGGGAUCAUCGACUAUGCCUGAAAUGGCGGGCAUUCAUUUUCACACUUAGCUGCGAACUGGAAUGUCAAGGAAUUAUUCGACGGAAAGAGGUCUUCGACAUGCUGGCUGACUGGCUGGCUGGGCUGGUUGCGCCCAUCGGGAAUGCUGCCGUUGUCCGCUAGCAGGCUGGUUGCCUCAGUUGUGGCUUGCCAGGCUCAGGGAGAAGUCAGCCUCCGCUCCGCUACUGCUACUCUUGAGACGCAGGGUGUGUGUGCUGAUUCGGGUCCCUGGUACGAUCAUCGCCUGCAGUUUGUGUUUUGGUUGCUUCGUUUGUUUUGACUUACAGAUGCUUGCAGUGACCGGGAGGGUUCCUUGAUGCUUUUCUGGGGACUUACAGAUUCUUGUCAUGACUUUCGAUGUGUUUAUAUGACCACUUACCUAUGUUUUUUUCCCCACUCACCCACGAGGACUUACGAACUUGCUCACGAAUGUGGAAUGCCUUCUGUUUUGAUGGCUGACCUUCCAAUACUACUGCAGUGGUGAACGCAGUUUUUGAUGGCUGACCUCCUGAUACCACAGUGGUGAACGCAGUUAUUGAUUCUUACUCCUUGCUUGAGGUGCAUGCCGGGUGGGCUUGGAUGCAUGCGUGACCCAGUGUUUGUGCCUGUCCUCUUGGUCCCUCCUGUGUUUUAUGCGAAUGUUGGCUUUCUGCAAUCGGGAAACUUAGUUAGAAGCCGA